AUGCUGUACAGGUUUGUAAUGGGUCUCGGAGAAGUAGAGGACACAAUCCAAGCAAUAAUUUGCCCAAAUUCGUGGGCUACUACGGAAGAGGGGAGGCACCUUAGAGCCUCUUCGAAGUUCGAGCAUAACUACGUCCUUCAACUUGCUGAACGACACCAAUCCUAUCCAUCAAGAAUGUCAUCAAGUAAGGCAAAGGCGAAGGGAGUCAGUGCAAGUUCAUUCUUCGAUCUCAAGGCGGAGCUAUCCAGACAGGAACUCGAAUUCGCAAGGGCGAAGGUGGAAGGCAAGAGCUUAGCCGUGGUUGGGGGUAUCAAGCGUCCCGACAAGAAGCCAACCGUCUGGGCACGCCAGAAUAAAGGUGUCAAGGCUCGAGCGAAUCGGGACGUUGAGCUUGAGGAGAUCAGCAAACCAACCCUUGACUCGGCAAGAGCUGCCCUGGAGAGGAAGGCGCAGAUUUACGAGAAGCUGAGGAGAGGCAAGACGGGAGGACUCAACGAUGCACAAUAUGAUGCUCUGCUCGUCGAUUUCGAUUCAAAUCCGUCCACGUCGAAGUAUUAUCAGGGACACAGUUCGGAUGAGGACGAGAGUUCGACGGUACCAAAAGCUCCGACAAGUUAUGAGAAUGAUCCCAUCGUCGAAUACGAGGAUGAAUUUGGACGUAUACGGUCAGCACGUCGUUCUGAAGUUCCUCGGAACCUCGUCUUGGAUCAAGAUGAACAAGAAGACGAUGAAGACCUCAUUCGAAAUCCUGUCAAUCACUUCCCCACGUACCAACCUUCUGAAGAUCGCGUAGCAGAGAUCGAGAAGGCAUAUGCGGAGGAGAACAACCCCCUGAAUGUGCACUACGACGCCUCUCGGGAGGUCCGUGCAAAAGGAGCCGCUUUCUAUCAAUUCUCUGGCGACGAAGAGACAAGAAGGCAACAGAUGGAGGAGAUGAAAGCAUCAAGAGAAGAGACGGAGCGAAUGAGACGAAACCUCGGUUCUGAGGACGUCAAACCAGGCGAAGUUGAAGGCAUGCAGGACGACAGUGGCAAUACAGGUGAAGGUGUGGCGCGGAGCAGAGCGAUGGAAAAGAGAAAGCGGGAGAUUGAAGAACGCAGGAAGCUCUUGGACGCGAAGAGGCGGAAGCUAAAGAAGAGCGAUACACCAGAAGCAAGCAACCCGCCAACCUCCACCCCGACUACCAUGGCCACCACGACCACCGCAUCGGGUGAAGAACGAGGAAAAACCACGUCCAGUGUUUCCGACGACCCCUCUGCCACUCUGGAUAACGCCUCGAAAGCUCAGCAUCCAAAUGCAGAUCCCUUCGCCGCGUUAGAGUCACAAACUUCAAAGGAAAGCAAAGGAAAGCAAAAAGCACAGCCAGCCUCUUCCGAAGCAGAUUCAUUUCUUGCUCAGCUGGAAGGAGAGUUCCUCGCCUCAAGAACCAAGAAGUAA